GUUUUUAUGAAGGAUAUGCAGCAGAAGUUCCAAAAUCAGUUGUGGUGCUGAGUGCCUGUGCUGGACUCAGAAAUUGAAAAGAAAAACUCCUAAAAUUGGUAUGGAGCAAUGAGUGCAGAGAACAAAAGCUGAAGAGGGCUGUUACAGUUGGAGAACGUCAGUUAUGUGGUGGAGCCAUUGGACUACAUCCCCACCUACAUGCACGUGCUGUACCAGAUAAGGAGUGACAACAUGGACCAGUCCUCCUUACCGGAAAGCUCCCCUGUGACUCCACGGACGGAUCGGUCCUACAGAAUUCACGUGAAACAGCAAAAACAUUCACUUGAUCCACUGUUGAACAGAACUCUGAAAAUACAAAUCAUUGUGGACAAAGGCUUGUAUGAUUAUAUGGGCUCCGAUAUGACAUUGACUGCCGAAAAAGUUGUUUUUAUCUUUCAUCUCAUGAACACUAUGUUAUCUCACCUGAAAAUAAAGGUUAUGCUGUCUUCUGUGGAGGCCUGGACCGAUCAAAAUAAGAUUCCGACUGACGGGGAUGCUGACGAUGUGCUACAAAGAUUUCUGUCAUGGAGAGAAAAGGUUUUGUUUCAAAGGUCCCAUGACAUGGCGUACCUAUUGAUUUACAGGGACCGUCCUUAUUUCGUGGGAGCAACGUAUCACGGAAUGGCCUGCAAUCCAAAGCUCGCCAUAGGAAUCGCCUUGUACCCAAAGACAAUAACUGUAGAGGCAUUUUCGGUCGUUCUGGUGCAGUUGCUUGGGAUUAACCUGGGAUUAACGUAUGAUAACAUCCAUAACUGUCACUGCCCAGGGACCACGUGCAUAAUGAACCCCGAAGCAAUACGUUCCAGUGGCAUAAAGCCUUUCAGCAGUUGCAGUGUGGAUGAAUUGAAGCUGCUAGUUUCACAGCCUGGACUCGGAUGUCUUCAGAAUCAAACAGCUUCAGAAGUGGUUUAUGAAGCACACAGUGGAACGUGUGGCAAUCGAGUUUUGGAGCCCUCAGAGCAGUGUGACUGUGGCUUGGAAAGUGUGUGCAAAUACAAAAAGUGCUGCAAUGCUAAAACAUGUUUACUAAUUGGCAAUGCCGAGUGUGGGAGUGGCCCGUGCUGUGAUCCAAACACUUGCCUUGUACUGGAGCGAGGAAAUUUAUGUAGGAGAAGCAUAGACCAAUGUGAUUUUCCUGAAUUCUGCAAUGGAGUAACUGAGAUUUGUGAACAAGAUACAAAAGCUGCUGAUUUUGAAUCAUGCAGUAACAACACUGCAUACUGCUAUAAAGGAAGGUGCAGAGAUACAGAUCUUUUCUGUAUGGAACUACAUGGAAAAUUUGCUCAGGGAGGUACAGAUCUGUGCACAAUGGAAAUAAACUUUCAAAAUGAUGACUUUGGAAACUGUCGUGGAGGAAGAUGUGAUUUUAACAAUGUUAUCUGUGGCAAGGUGGUGUGUGAAUGGAAAAAUGCAGAAGUGGUAUCAACCUCAACGCACCUCUAUAAUAUUCAGUACACUUACCUUUCUGGCCACACGUGUGUGUCUGCACAAUUUAGGGUACCGGGGCCUCCUGGAGCAGUUGAUAGAAGCCAAGCACCUGACGGUCUUAAGUGUGAAGAUAGCAAGUUUUGCCUUAAUGGAAUAUGUGAGCAGGUGUCCCGGUAUGCCAACAAAACACUGUGUAGCUCAGCUGUCAAAUGCAAGGGACAUGGGGUCUGCAAUAAUUUCAAUAACUGCCACUGCGACGCUGGCUACGCCCCACCGCACUGUGACCCCAUGCCAUCAUCGCCCGGAGGCAGCAUCGACGACGGGUUUUGGUUUGCGAUAGAUAAAAUGACACCCUUGAAAAUUAAACGACGACAACGUGCCUCUCCUAAAAAGAAGGGCCUUUUGAUUAGCUUCAUCGUUUUUCUACCUUUUCUCAUUUUAACUGCAAUCUUUGUCCUCAAAUGGAAUACAAUGAAGUGUCAUUGGAAGAAAGCAGGAACCAUAAGUGAAAGCUCUAUAUCAGAAGACAGCAGUGAUAACAGCAACAAGUCAUAGAAUUAAAGCAGUAACUUCAGCAACAUAAAAAAGCCAUAACCGAGUCAACGAAUAUUGUUAGGAAACACAUCAUUCAUUGGCCUGAUCCAUACACCAAAGAAGCUGCCUUUUCUCCUCUUGUUAUGGCACAAACCAAAUAAAUCCUAUGACUGAAA